AUGGAACCCAAGCAGGAAUCGGCGAGCCCCGACCCAUUUAACGGGAACAAUGUGCUCGCGCGGACGCUAUCUAUGAACAGUUUGAUCAAGACGGACUCGUUCACCAAGCUAUUUAAAAAAUCAAACAAGAGAGCAAGAUCGGAAGAUUCUGAACAGGAAGACGCUGAGGACGCGCAGGAGAUCCAGGUGGUGAAGAAGCCCAAGACACGGUCCACCAAGGAAGAGGAGGCGUUCCGCAAGCGCGAAAAGGAGUACGACGAGCUGUUAUCGCCCGAGUACAGAAAGUAUCGUCCAAAGGGGUUCAAGCUCAACCCACCUCCUGAGGACCGUCCAAUUCGCAUCUAUGCAGACGGAGUGUUUGAUCUGUUCCAUCUGGGUCACAUGAGACAGCUGGAGCAAUGCAAGAAGGCGUUCCCGAGCGUGACACUGGUGGUUGGCAUUCCAAACGAUGUUGAAACGCACAAACGCAAGGGACUCACAGUUCUAAGCGACAAGCAGCGGUACGAGACGUUGAGACACUGCAAGUGGGUGGAUGAGGUGAUCGAGGACGCACCGUGGAUCCUGACGAUUGAUUUUCUGAGAAAACACAAGAUCGAUUUCUGUGCGCACGAUGAUCUUCCGUACGAAGCACAGGGGAUCGACGACAUCUACAAGCCGAUGAAGCAGGCAGGCAUGUUUCUGGCCACCCAGAGAACCGAAGGAAUCAGCACCAGUGAUAUCAUCACCAAGAUCAUCCGCGACUACGACAAAUACCUCAUGCGGAACUUUGCCAGGGGAGCCACCAGAAAAGAGCUGAAUGUUUCAUGGCUCAAGAAGAACGAGCUGGACUUGAAAAAGCAAAUCAACGACUUCCGGUCUUACUGGAAGAAGACAAACGACAGUCUCAACAACGCUUCACGUGAUCUGUAUACCGAGGUUCGAGAAUUUCUGAAAAAUAGGAAGAACGAAAACUCGCCUGCAGAUUCGCCUGCAGAUUCUUUUGCAUCCAGGUACAAUGCAAACGGCCUAGAAAGCUCAUCUUCAAGGCGGAGUCUCAUUGAUAACUUCAAGGAUUGGGUCGGAAUGGAUAGCCAUUCGGAAUUUGAAAGCGAAGAAGAAGACAAGCCGGUGGUGACGAAAAGAGGCCGGCGAUCCAAAAAGCCAAAAUAG